AUGUGGAAAUCAAUUCUGUUCUCCUUCUCUCUCUUGCAGUCUCAGCAGAAAUGCAUUGUGAUCUUUGCCUUGGUGUGCUGCUUUGCCAUACUGGUGGCGUUAAUUUUCUCAGCUGUGGACAUUUGGGGCGAAGAUGAAGACGGGAUCACAGAGGAGAACUGUAGCAAGAACUGCAGAGUAGUGCUUGUGGAAAACAUCCCAGAGGACAUCUCCUUCUUAGACAAUGGUACAUCCCAUGUUCCUCUCUCAGUGGGGCUGUACAACUUACUGGACCGAGCUAUCCGGGUCGUAGAGAUAGUUUCCCCGCUGUGGCUCCUCAACUCCUCCGAUUAUGAAUCGAGCUUCCAGCCUGCUGCCAGACAGGGCAGGGCUCUGCUGUCCAGGCUGCAGGGGCUGAAAGCUAAAGGAAUCCAGCUGAAGAUCUCCAGUGGGAUGAUUGACUCGACUGAGCUCAACACACUCGCCAAACACAAUGCUGAGGUCCACUAUGUGAACAUGACAGCACUGACCAAAGGCCACCUCCUCUCCUCCUUCUGGGUGGUUGACAGAAGACAUUUCUACAUCGGCAGCGCCAGCAUGGACUGGAGAUCUCUGGCCACUAGGAAGGAGUUGGGUGUGUUGGUGUACGACUGCAGCUGUCUGGCUCUGGACCUCCACAGAGUGUUCAGCCUGUACUGGGGGCUCCAGUAUAAAGACUUCAUCCCCUCCUUCUGGUCCAAGCGCCUCUUUGCCCUCUUUAACAGAGACGCACCACUGGAGCUCACCUUCAACAGCACAAAGGCUCAGGCCUACGUCUCUAGCUCCCCAGAUGUUUUCAUUCCGAAAGAUCGUAGCAAUGAUCUUGAAGCCAUUUCCAGAGUGAUACAGGAGGCGCGCCAUUUCAUAUAUAUAUCCAUCAUCGACUACCUGCCCCUCGUGAGCAGAAACGCUCAAAGGUACUGGUCUCGUAUUGAUGGCCUUAUCCGGGAGGCUCUGAUUCUGAGGAAGGUCCGGGUUCGUCUGCUGAUAAGUUGCUGGGAAAACACUCAUCCACUUACUUUUAACUUUAUCUGGUCCCUAAGGAGUCUGUGCUUGGAGCAGGCCAACUGCUCACUGGAAGCUAAGCUCUUCAACCCCAGAGUGCUGAGGGAUGGCAGUCUCCAAGGAAUAAACCACAACAGGUUUAUAGUGACAGACAAAGCCAUUUAUUUAGGUAACCUUGACUGGGUGGGCAACGAGUUCACCUUUAAUGCAGGAGCAGGCCUGGUGAUCAGUCAGCCAGAGGGCAUCGAGGAGAGGAACUCUACAGUGGUGGAGCACCUACAGGCCGCAUUUGAGAGGGACUGGUUUUCACGUUACACCCGCUCACUGCAGGUCAAUAAGAUCCCCGUCUGCAACAAGCACCAGAUCAACAGGCUGGUGUCAGUGAAAAGCAGUCACAUAGACAGUGAACCGGUGCCUAUCAGAACAAGACAGCAUGAUAGCGGCCCCGCACCAAUGAGAACCAGUCACAAAGGCGAUGGACAGACCGCACUUAAAACAAGGCACCAUGAUGAUAGACUAAGCAAAAUCAGUCGCCAAGGCAUUGCCAAUGGAUUGGUGCCAAUUAUAGACAGUCACCAAGAGAGGGGACGAGUCAAAAUUAGUCACCUUGACAACAGACAGGUACAAAUCAAAGAUAAUUACCGUGACAAUCCAAUGGAUCCACCCAGUCAGUCAGCCGAGAGCAGCGGCAGCAGAGAGAUCUCCAACGGGUCCCUGUGAACACAAAACGUGAUAGGUUCUUUUUCACUGAAUGAUGUGUGGAGAACUGCUCUCUUCCCGUAACGACAGACUUAACACACUGGGUCUUUGUAGCAUUUUAUUAUUGCCAUUUUGAAGAAAACUCUGAAGAUUUAAGUAAUAUCUGAUUUGCAGGACUUGAUAAUUUUCACGGAAGAACUCAGGAAGGAAAGGAAAGGCUCCACUGCAGCACCUUUGAUGGAUUUUUUUUAAAAGAAUAAAACCAAAACAUUUUGGCUUAGAAAA